AUGUCCACCCCCUCCCAAUUCUCGCCCUCGUCGCCAGCGCAGGAUUCUACGUUCGCAAUCCUACAUCCCGAGGGACCCACGCCCACCCUUCCGGACGAGAGAUUUUUCGAGCACGACUAUCCCCGCGACCCUGAUGCGUUCUGUUCUUUUGCAGAACGUCUCGAGCACGAUGCAGAGGCGUCACGACCAUAUCUACAUGCUGGUAGCCCCUAUCCCAUUCAUGUCGUCAUCAGUUGGCGUUCGCUCGAUUUCUAG